GUGGUUUGACAAAUCCUUUUCUCUUCUAAUUUCUGAAGAUGGUCAUGCAGCAGUUAACUUUGAACACUCUUGGGGAGAUGGAGUAGCAGUGUUGAGAUAUGUUCAGGACAUUUCCAAAGACACAAAUGAAAAUAAAUUUGUAACUCCUGAUACAAAACCUCAUGAAGAAAAUAUUAACAAUAUAAUUCGUUUGGAUAUGCAUUUGAAUAAUAAACUUAAGACAUCAAUUGAAGAAGCUAAACAAGAAUAUUCAAAAAUCUGUGAAGAACUAAAUAUUGAUUAUUUAAUUUUCAAAAGAAUUGGUAAAAAUGUCUGUAAGAAGCAAGCUGUGAGUCCUGAUGCUGUAAUGCAGUUGGGAUUUCAGGUUGGAUAUUACAGAAUGACUGGAAAAUUUGCUCCCACAUAUGAAUCCUGCAGUACAGCUGCUUUCAAACAUGGCCGAACAGAAACUGUCAGACCUUGCACAAUGCCCACAAAGGCUUUCACAUUGGCAAUCAAUUCAAAGAAUAAACCCGCUGUAAGUGAACUGAAAAACAUGAUUUCAGAUUGCUCAAAAUUACACAACCAGUUGACAAGAGAAGCGGCUAUGGGACAAGGGUUUGACAGACAUCUUUUUGCUUUAAAAAAAUUUGCGGAUAAAACAAAUACUUUUUGUAAUAUUUUUGAUGACCCUGCUUAUUCUAUGAUUAAUCAUAUAAUUCUAUCAACCAGCACCCUCAAUUCCCCCGCUAUUUUUGCUGGAGGAUUUGGGCCUGUUGUCAGAGACGGAUUAGGGGUUGGGUACAUAAUAAAAGAAGAUGAAUUGGGUGUGCUAGUAACAAGUUAUUCACCAUAUCAAAAUGGAUUAGACUUCAUUGAUGCAUUGCAAGGUAGUUUCGAAGAAAUAACCAAUCUGCUAGAAAAAGACUAGUUAUUCAAUGUGGGACUUGAAUUAAUUUUACUAUUUUUCAUAUUAAAUUUAUUAAGUUACUUGUAUCACUCUUUGACAUGCCUCUGCGGAAAAAGUGCCUCGAACCAUACAUUGGUUACUACAGAUGAAUAUUAUUCAAAAGUGUUCUUUACUUUUUUCUAAAUAAUUUUGUAUGGUUUGUGUAUGUUGAAUAAAUUUUUGCAUCUUUA